GUUCAUUCCGAUUUUUGCUUUAAUGAUGUGUCAAUUUCAUUUUUUUCAAAUGUACCUGAAUUACAACCAUACGAUUAUGUUUGGGAUGAGACGGCAUGUGGUCCAAAACUUAUUAUCGAGAAUAGCGGAAGAGUUGUACAUGCAUCAAAUGAUCUUUUUAUACAUCAAAGCGUUACCGAUUGGGCACUAUUUUAG